AUGCUCCAGCUAGCGCUCGCCAUGUCAAGGAGGGUGGUUAUUGCGCUCUCACUUGGUAUAGUUUCCUUGUCGCCAGCUUUGGCCAUGACGGUGUCGCCACCUCCCACACUGAUUGCUGCCGAUCCAUCGCUGUACCUAAAGCCGUCCCAAUGGAUCGACUUUGAGCAUCCGGAGAUUCAAGCCAAGGCUGCUGAAUUGGCGGUCAAAGCAAGUGACAACCACGGCAUUAUUCGAUCCUGCUUUGAGUUUGUUCGAGACGAAAUCAUGCACAGUAGCGAUUAUCAACAAGAUCCCGUCACCUGCAAGGCAUCGAAUGUCCUGCAACACAAGACGGGAUACUGCUACGCCAAGAGUCACCUGCUGGCAUCACUCUUGCGAGCCAAUGGGAUUCCUACGGGUCUCUGCUACCAGCGAUUGACCAUUGCCGAUGACGACAGUGGACCACCGUAUUGUCUGCAUGGAUUGAAUGCCGUCUACUUGCCGGAAACCAAAGAGUGGUUUCGAGUCGACCCUCGAGGUCUCAAGCCAACCAUUCAACAGGCGGUCUUUGAUCCACCACACGAAGUAUUGGCAUUUCCCAUCCGAACAGACAUUGGGGAAGCAGAUUUUCCCCGCGUCUACAUCGAUCCGUUGCCCCUGAUCGUCGAGACACUGACCACCCGCACCAAGUCUUGGAAGGAUGUCCUGGAUCACCUUCCAGAUGCCGAAGCGCUCGAGGAGGCAGGGUAG